UUAUUUCUAUAAUUGACUUUGCACAAGCACAGCCGCAAGAUGGUCUUCCAGGCACCCACAGGGAACCUUGAUGUGCUAACAUGCUACCUUCUCGCCAGCAUCUCUCAGGAUGAGCUUCGGGCUUUCAAGGCAGCCUUUGAACUAGGUAAUUUCGCACGGUUUUCUCCCAUGCUGAAGAUCAAAAUUGUUCGCCCUCCCGAAGACUACAUUGGCCAGUCUCACGAAUACAUUCGCCGCAAAGAAGAUGAAGCUGGCCGCCAAAGGGCUUUUCUCAUCCUGGAUGACAAAGCGAUGGAAAACGACGCUGUGUGGUACAUUUCUUAUUUUGCAGACGAUGAGCCUCCUGAGGAUCAGUGGGCUGUGAGCAAAGAAGUUCUAUGGAAAAUGCUCAUCAGAACUGAUAAGUUGGCGACGGUGUAUGUGAACUACGGCAUUAGCAACACAUCUCUCCAAGAAGACUUGGGCAACUGCGGCGUGGAGUUUCCUGUAAAAGAGGGGUAUGAACAGCCCGAAGUUUUCGAUUACAAGAUGGAUAUGCACAAAGUACAAUACAGCCAGCCGACAUGGGUCAGGGCUGAGCCCCAAGAAUACGAAUUAAAUAAAGGCGGCGAAGAGUUCGGGACAUAUGUCGCACCACCAAAUACACUUGCAAGGCUAAAAGAUGGAAUUGCAGAAGAGUCAGGAGUAUUGAACGACUGGGUAACACCUUAUCCAGCGGGCCCGUUUCGAAUGCCAGAUGGAACGAAGAAGGAAUUUCCCGAGGGCACAAUGGUUCUGCAGUUAAAACUUAACCCUGAUUUUCCCUGGCCACCUUUUAAGUGGCCCAAAGGGUCACUAUAAUGAAUAUCAAAGUUUUGGGCUGUGAAGAGCAUGUGAGGAGAAUUAAGAGUUUACCGGCAUAAACAUAAAUAGUAGUAUGAUGAACUUCAUGAUAGUGUCGUCGAGUUUGG